AUGGCCAACGCUCAACCGCAAGCCCACUUCAGCGAGGGCUCAGAUGAGGCAUCCCUCUCGUCGACGCUGGACACUCUCCUCAGCAAGGGCCGCUGGGCGCUCGUAAACGAAGGCGAGGCCGUCGAGCGCAGCUUCAAGUUCAAGAACUUUGCCAAGACCUGGGUCUACAACACGACCUUCAUCCGCUGGACGACACAUAGCCCCGAAGGCCUAUCCGUCAAAGACCUCAAGCUCGCCAUGAUCUGCGAUGCGCUGGCCAAGGACUUUGGCGAGGUCGAGGCACCGGCUGCCGAGACCCCUGAUGAGGGCGCCAGCUGCGGGAUCAGGGGGCUGGCGGACAAGGCCGCCGGCACGGCCGGGGACUGCUGCGUCCCGAAGGCGAAGAACUGA